GGGGAGGGCGGGGGGCGGCGGCGCGCAUGCUCGGCGGCGCCCGCCCCGCCGGCACCGGAGGGAGGUGGAGGCACCGGAGGGGCGGCACCGGUGGAGGGGGGGAUCGGCGCGAGGAUGCUGUCGCCGCACCCCCCGGCAUCCCCCGACGGGCGACGCUCGAGGAGCGGCGCCUGGGGUGGGCCGUAGGCACGGGCACAUCCCUGGCGCUGUCGUCGCUGCUGUCGCUGCUGCUGUUCGCCGGGAUGCAGAUGUACAGCCGGCAGCUGGCCUCCACCGAGUGGCUCACGAUCCAGGGCGGGCUGCUGGGCUCCGCGCUCUUCGUCUGCUCCCUCACGGCCUUCAACAACCUGGAGAACCUCAUCUUUGGGAAGGGCUUCCAGGCCAAGAUAUUUCCUGAGAUCCUCACCUGCCUCUUGCUGGCCCUGUUCGCCUCUGGCCUCAUCCACCGGGUCUGUGUGACCACCUGCCUCAUCUUUUCCAUGGUCGGUCUCUACUACAUCAACAAGAUCUCCUCCACUCUUUACCAGUCCACAGCGCCCGUCACUGCUCCUGCCAAGGCUGUCGGCAAGGGCAGGAAGAGAAAUUGAUGUCCUGCUGCCCCUUCCUGGGGCAGCCCCCUCCCUGUGGCCGAUCCGGGACACCCCCCUGCCCAAUAAAGCCAUUUCUUUGUA